UCACGGGAAGGACCGCUGUUUCAGGUUGGUGAUAUCACAUAUACCAACGAAUUCAAGUCAUUUCAACAGAAAAAAAGUCAACAUGCCACUCAGCUUGAACCCCAUUCAAAUCAUGGAGGACAUCCGCAUGAAGGGCGAUCCUCGGACCAGAGACAUUCCCAUCGCCGGAAACCCGGCUUUCGUCUUCGGCCUCAUGAUCACAUACCUCUACGUCGUCAAGGUCGCUGGUCCCAAAUGGAUGAAAGACCGAAAACCAUUUCAAAUCUUGAACAUCGUCAGAGUCUACAACGUCCUCAUGGUCGUCCUCAACGCCAAGUUCCUCUGGUUUGCUCUGACUGCCACGUAUCUUCCUGGAGGAAAGUACAACCUACUGUGCCAAGGGAUAUCGAAGACCAUAGAUCCUGCAGACUAUGACCUCUACAGAGACGGAAGCUGGUACGUGUUCGUGAGAUACGCAGACUACCUGGACACUAUCUUCUUCAUCAUGAGGAAGAAGUUUAACCAAGUAACGAACCUACACGUCAUUCAUCACACUUUAGUUGUAUUCAAUGCGUGGUUCUGGUUCUUGUUCGCUCCCGAAGGUCAACCCGCACUGGGACUCUGCAUUAACGCCUUUGUUCACGUCGUGAUGUACACGUACUAUUUCUUGUCCACAUUCGGUCCAGGAGUGAGGAAGUACCUUUGGUGGAAGAAGUAUCUGACGAAGAUCCAGAUCUGGCAGUUCUUGAUCUUCAUUGCUCACAUGUGCGUCCCGCUUUUCAUCGAUUGUGGCUUUCCGAGGUAUCUCGUUCCGUUCGCGAUAGUUCAAGUGCUCCUAGUGUUAGGAUUAUUUUUGAACUUCUAUUAUCAUGCCUACAUCAAGCCUCAAGAAGGAGGAGUGCACGCGAUUGGUAGUAUGAAAAAUGGAGGGCUCGUUUGUAAGCCCAUUGAGAAAGACGAGUAAGAGCGACGUUUGGACGCUUCGCAAUGACGACCUUGUCUUGCAUGACGUGCUUCGAACAGGGGGUAAUCUGCUCAUCCGUGACGCUUGUCCUCGCAGGAUUCAUUUGAUUCACAGAACGUAGUCACUUGAGAAAUGAUAUCAAUGCAACAUUUCCCGUACGUACUUCCAUUUAAAAAGUUUGCAACCACCAAGGGGUAAAGUUACUUAAGAGCACCUUCACAGUAAAUGCGAAACUAGAGCUCUCUAUUAAAAGCAAAGGUGAGAUUUAUAUCGUCUUAGCAGGCGCUGUACCGUAGAAACCAAAGGAUGAGUGCGGCGUAUUAGCGGACGGACGUAAUUAUAAGAAGCUCAUUCUCCAGUCAACGUUAAUGCCAAGAACUGCCUGACAUAAUUAGGGAAGGUCAAACUGUGCUGCAAAUGGAAUACAUUUAUGGAACAAACGGUGGAAACAGAGGAAGUGCAGACAAAAGCGUGCCAUGAUUAUGACGAUCUACGUAAAAUACUGACUUGAAGGAGCCAAAUUAAACAGUUUUCUUACUACCCUUGCGUGAGAACCGUUACGUCGUUAUUUAUUUUAGAACUUGGACCAUUAGAGCAGUAGACAACUCUCUCACACACUCAUAGACACGCGCACGCACGCACACACACACACACACACAAACAAACAAACAAACAACAGAAAACCGAUACAGGAACAUUUUCUCUUACACGACGUCACAUCCACCACAGAGCAGAGAUGCUGCA